UUAGAAAGUUGAGAUAUUGAAAAUACAAGCGGCUAAGCCCAACUCCAACCAAAACCUAAAAAAUUCCCAAAAGUGUCGUCUCAAGCUCUAAGCCUCUCACCAGUCAGGCAGUCACCGGCAAGCACCAACAAGGCACCGUCGACCACCGGCCCUUAAAAUUCUCAUUUGACUGACCUAAUUGCUAAAGCCCUUAUUAAACCUCACUGUAGUGCCUUUGGUCACCAGCCAACUUGAGCCAAGUAACCAUCACCGACGAUAAUGGCGUGUACAGAGGAAGCAAAACUCGAGCACUUCCUUCAAUGGCUUCAGGUAAACGGAGCUCAAUUCCGCGGCUGCAAUAUCAAGUAUUGCGACUCCACCAAAGGCUUCGGUAUUUAUUCCACCAAUGGUUCCCCCGAAGAUGGGGUUCUUCUUGUUGUUCCACUGGAUUUAGCAAUAACUCCAAUGAGGGUACUGCAAGAUCCUUUAAUUGGAGCAGAGUGUAGAGCAAUGUUUGAAGAAGGAGAAGUUGAUGAUAGGUUCUUAAUGAUUUUAUUUCUUAUUGUGGAACGUCUCCGAAAGAAUUCUUCAUGGAAACCGUACCUUGAUAUGCUUCCAACUACUUUCGGUAAUCCGGUUUGGUUUACUGAUGAUGAGCUUUUGGAGUUGAGGGGAACAACCUUGUAUAGAGCAACUGAAUUGCGGAAAAAGGAUUUGAUGUCUGUAUAUGAAGAUAAAGUGAAGGAAUUGGUGAAGAAACUUCUGGUUCUUGAUGGAGAUUCAGAAAGUGAGGUGUGCUUUGAAGAUUUCCUUUGGGCAAAUUCUAUAUUUUGGUCUCGUGCUUUGAACCUUCCUCUUCCGCAUUCUUAUGUAUUCCCCCAAAUUCAAGACGAUGUGGGCACAACCUGUCCAGUUGACAAAAAUUCCGAGGGUUUCACCAGUCAUAGUUAUAGUGAAGAGCCGAUUAAUGAAAUCGAUGGAAAAAGAUUUGAGGCUCAUGGGAAUGAUAGCAAAGUCAAUGGAGUAACUUCGACAUCAAAACAAGAAGAAACUGUCUGGGUGGAGGGUCUUCUCCCUGGCAUUGACUUUUGCAACCAUGACUUGAAGGCAGUUGCAACAUGGGAAGUUGAUGGAACAGGGUCAAUAACUCAAAUUCCUUUAUCCAUGUACCUUAUUUCUGCUUUACAGUCUCCAUUGCCAGUUGACAAAGAAGUUUCCAUCAGUUAUGGUAACAAAGGAAAUGAGGAACUUCUCUACCUGUAUGGUUUCGUUGUUGAUAAUAAUCCAGAUGACUAUCUCAUGAUUCAUUAUCCCGGAGAGGCAAUCCAGAACAUUUCCUUUUCUGACUUCAAAGGGCAACUACUUGUAGCCGAGAAAGCUGCAAUGCGGUGCCUUCUACCUAAAAACUUGCUAGAUCAUGGGUUUUUCCCAACAGGAUCCUCUAAUUGUAAAGCAAACAAUACCUCUGAAGCCGAUGAUAGAAUUUGCAAUUUUAGUUGGAGUGGUCACCGCAAAACACCUUCUUACUUGAGUAAGUUAGUUUUUCCUGAAGAUUUUAUGACUGCCUUGAGGACCAUAGCCAUGAAAGAUGAGGAGGUUUCUAAGGUUUCUGCAAUGCUAGAAGAGCUUGUUGGGUCUGAAGGAGAAAGACAGCCUUCUGAGACAGAAAUAAGAACAGCUGUAUGGGAGGCCUGUGGGGAUUCUGGAGCUCUGCAAUUGCUUGUUGACCUUCUUCAGAAAAAGAUGAUGGACCUUGAAGAUAGUUCCGGAACAGAGGACUCUGAUUCUGAACUACUUGAGAAUGCCUGCAUUAUUGGAAAUGCAGAACAGCAUACAAGCAAGGAGGCGAACAACUUGGUCCAGCAGAAGUUGAUGAGUAGAAAUAGGUGGUGUAGCAUAGUGUAUCGAAGAGGGCAGAAGGAACUGACUCGUUUAUUCCUUAAGGAAGCAGAACAUGCCUUGCAAUUAUCUCUAAGUGAAGGAAAUUGAGUACAAAUCGACUUCCUCUUGUUCCAAAUGAGUGGUUUUGCUAAUUUAGUCACUAGUCAUUACAACAUGGGUGUUAUCUAUGUUCAAGAUUUAUAGGAUACGCUUUAAAAAAUUCAACAUUCAAAGAUGUGUUUUACAAAAUUCUUACUUA